GAGUUCGCACUCUCUCUCUGAGUCCAGCUAAUUCUUUAGACAGUUAUUCCUGAAGUACUUGAGGCGACAUGAGCGGAAGAGUUGGAGAUCUGAGCGCGAAACAAGCCGAAGCUUUGGCCCAGUUUCGAGAGAAUGUUAAGGAUAUUCUACCCCAGUGCCCAUCCCAGAGUGACCACUUCCUGCUCCGAUGGCUGAGAGCAAGAAAUUUCAAUCUUCAGAAAGCGGAGGCCAUGCUGCGCAAGCACAUGGAAUUUCGGAAACACAUGAAAGUUGACACCAUCCUUACAGAGUGGCAGCUGCCAGAGGUGAUAGAGAAGUAUCUGUCUGGAGGGAUGUGUGGCCAUGACCGUGAAGGGUGCCCGGUCUGGUAUGAUGUCGUCGGACCUUUGGACCCUAAGGGUAUGAUGCAUUCGGCGUCCAAGCAGGACUUAAUCAAGUCUAAAGUCAGAGACUGUGAGAUGCUGCAGAAAGAGUGCGACCUACAGAGUGAACGGUUGGGUAGAAACAUUGAGUCCAUUACUAUGGUGUAUGACUGUGAAGGUCUGGGAAUGAAGCACUUGUAUAAGCCUGCUAUAGAGACUUAUGGAGAGAUUCUCACAAUGUUUGAAGAUAACUAUCCAGAGGGACUCAAGAGGUUACUUGUCAUUAAAGCACCCAAACUGUUUCCUGUGGCGUACAAUCUGGUGAAACAUUUUUUGAGUGAGGACACUCGCCGGAAGGUCGUCGUACUGGGAUCAAACUGGCAGGAGGUUUUACAGAAAUACAUCGACCCUGAGGAGCUCCCAGCGUACUAUGGAGGCAAACUGACCGACCCUGAUGGUGACCCCAGAUGUAGAACUUGGAUUACUUUCGGAUCAGAGAUUCCCAAGACCUACUAUGUUCGAGACUCCAUUAAAGUGGACUAUGAACAGUCUGUGACUAUUGGCCGUGGCUCAUCUCAUCAGGUGGAAUAUGAGCUACUUGCACCAAACUGUGCGCUAAGAUGGCAGUUCACCUGUGAUGGUGCUGAUGUAGGUUUCGGUGUCUAUAGGAAGAAGAAGAUGGGAGAGUGGAUGAAGGCCAGUGAAAUGGAGGAAAUUGUGCCAAAUGAGCGUUACAACGCCCACCUGGUACCCGAGGACGGAUCCCUCACCUGCCCAGAACCAGGAGUGUACGUUCUGCGAUUUGACAACACGUACAGUAUCUUCCAGUCCAAAACGGUCAGCUUCACAGUGGACGUUCUCCUACCAAGUCAAGUCAACCAAUCAGAACGUUAGAAAUUGUGGCAAUAAGUUGAGAUUAUGAAACAGUUUGGAAACUCUUGCUCUGAAGCAUAACAAACUUAUAUCUUCUACAGUAUCUCUUCUGUAGUAUAAAAGGAAAAUAUUAUAAUAAUGCUGUUCUCGAAAAGGAGAGUAUGUACUUUAAUUGAACUGACUAAUCACUGCAUUAAA